AUGGGGGCAGCCGCGUCGUCCGGAAGACGAGUUCCCCGUGCGGCCAGUGCCCCACCGUACGAUCACUCGCAGGCCAUGUUGCUUGUAAACGGCUCCGUGAGGCGAGCUGCAAGGAGGAAUUUGAAUUAUCCUAAUAAAAACGGAAAUGUUGGUGUUGAUCUUGGUGCGAUACGGAAGAUAGACCAGCGCAGUCAAAAGACGAAAGCCGCUGACCGUGAAGAAAUAAAAUUUGACAAUAACGAUGCUGAUCCUGCUACGUUGCACAUUUUAAAUGCCGUGAAGGAGGCGGAUUCAUUACCAGAUAAAAAAGCUUCGUUGAAGCUGAAUUUACUGCGUGGCUGCUAUCCACUUCUUGAGCAGGUUCCCCCAAACCGUUUUGAGCACCUUGCCGUGCUUGUUUAUCAAAAGGAGGGCGAUGUAUACCUUGCUCAAGGUGAUAAGGAAAGUGCCAAGACGACAUACAGUCGUGCGAUUCAAAUUGCUGAAACGCGUGUGGCUCGAGGUGAAAAAGAAAUAUACAUGGUUCUUAAACGGUAUGUGUUGUCUAUGGUGGGUAUGGCACGGUUAUGGUACGAACAGGAGCGCGAGACGACUGGCUUUACGCUUGCUGAUAAGGGCAUUCCCGUGACGUUUCCAGAGGAGAGGAAUACGCCGUCUGUUAGUUCCUGUGACAGUAGUUUCCUUUCUGACGCCAGUACGUUCAGUUUGAAUCAAGAAAUUAUUAAGUCCAUGACGCCAAAACCCCCACGACGCCGCGCUGGGCCGUCAGUUAACGUUGUGCGACUGCCUCGCCCAACGAAAAUAAAGUGCGCAUUCACUGCAGAAGAUGAUUUUGUGCUGCGAAGCAAAAUGAUACGCGAGUUAAAGGCAUCUCCGUGUGAGCUAUUACUGCUUCGCUGCAUUGAGGUAGUAGAGAUAGGACACCGGAGACAGUCAGAGCUGCUCAUUCCUGCGUUAAUUGAACUGGCACAGAUAUAUGAAGACUUGCAUCUUUACAAUAGAUCCCUUCUUUUGGUGCGCCGUUGCCUCGGUAUUUUGUCUGUUGUGUAUGACUACGACCAUCCGUGGAUUAUACAAUUGCGGCGCCGUGGGGACUACCUCAUGGAAUGUAUGGAGGAAAAGACAAUGGACUAUAUGGCGACAAAGAUUCAGGCGACCUGGAAGAUGUACAAGGCGAUGUGUGUACUAGAAGAAGCUCUUGGACGACCAGUCACACGGCAUGUGUGGAUUCCGGCAGUGUACCACAGUCAGACGAAUGAUACGGAUUUUUUGAAGGACUUUGUGAAUGAUCUGCCAGAAGGCACAGUGUUGUAUGGUACAGGCGAUUUUAAUGAAAUAUUUGGCUCGGGUGACGUGGUCGUUGAGAAUGGAGCGGCAGACGACACACGCAAUACAAACGACGCGCACCAACCAUCGGACGUUAUUGGAGGGGUGGGCCGUGAUUUGUUGCCGUCUACUAAUUUAGAACGAGUACCAUCUUCAUUUCGCCGCAACACGCGAGCGAUGAACGAGGUCACAAGGCGUUCUGCUUCUAUUGAGGAAACAUCCUUCGCUGCGGAGUAUCCGCCGGUACAAAAGGAGAGUCAAGCCUCUGUAGGCAAUACGUUUGUUCCAAAUGGGCGGGUCGUCGGCACAACGCAGGACACGCAAACAGAUACACAAGUACAGCAGACUGCCUACGGUGGGGUCUUGACAAUUCGCACGACGACGAUAACCCGCACCACAACGGAACAAGAGGUUGACAGCGAUGAGGAAGACUCGAUUGAUGAGGAAGAAGCAUACAACACCGAACGGGAAUAA